AUGCAAUUUAUAGGAAACAAGACUGGUAACCGUAGAUCAGCAAAUGUACGAUCUGUUGGCUACUCAGAUUUGUUUUGUCUCAGUAAAGAUGAUCUUUGGGAUGCAUUAACUGAAUAUCCAGAGACUAAAACAAUCUUAAUGCAACGUGGUCAAGAUAUAUUACGGAAAGACAAUUUGUUAGAUGAAGAAAUAUUACGGCAGGCACAAGAACAGCAAGAAUCCAUUGAACAAUGCGUUCAGCGAAUCGAUAAUACAGUUAACCAACUAACAACACGUUUAGCUAGAUUAAUUGGUGAAUUUGGAUCAAGUCAUGCCAAACUGAAACGUCGUUUAAUGCGACUAGAACAAGAAUAUGAUAACAAUAAUAAUACUGCACAAGAUGGAAUAAGUCCUAGGUAUAGAAAACACAGUGAUACAUUAGCCAAUGAUAAUCAGGCACAAGUUACUGUAGAUCACCAAUCACCUGGCAAGUCAAAUCAAUUACUACGACAAAAGCAGGGUAGUAAGUUAAAAAUCGAUAGAAAACAACGACAACAGUCAGUUAGUAGUUCAACAUCACCCUAUGAAAAACGCGAAUCACUAAGUUCAUUAGGAUCAGAUAUGACAAAUGCAACUCUGCCGUCUGAACAUGAUGAGUAG